UAACUUCACGCAACUCCAGUCAUUUUACAUCUCACCAUAAAUCGUUAAAUAUGUCGAGAAAAGUAGCUGUAGUCACCGGCUCUAAUAAGGGUAUUGGAUAUUCCAUUGUCAAGGGACUUUGCAAGAGGUUUGACGGAGUUGUAUACUUGACCUCCAGAGAUGUAAACAGAGGUAAAACUGCUGUGGAAAACUUGAAGAAAGAAGGUUUACAGGCAACAUAUCACCAGCUAGACGUUGCAGAUAAGAAUAGCGUCAUCAAAUUUAGUGAGUACCUCAGACAAACUCAUGGCGGUAUCGAUAUUCUGAUUAACAAUGCUGCAGUGGCAAACAGCGUGGAACUUUACAACACCUAUGAAGAGAGCAAAUAUAUAAUUGACAUCAACUAUUACAGUCAUUUAACGAUACAAGAAUAUUUGUUCCCAUUGAUAAGAAACAAUGGAAGAGUGUUGAAUAUAUCAAGUGAUUGUGGACACCUUUCAAACGUCAGAAAUAAAUAUUGGAUAGACAGGUUGUCAAAAAAAGAUUUGACCCGGAACGAUAUAAAUGAAUUUGUCAGUUGGUAUCUGGAAUCGUCGAAGAAUGGAACAUUCAAAAGAGAAGAUAUAGCAGAUGAAGGUACUGUUGCAGCUUAUAGAGUUUCAAAAGUCGCUGUGAGUGCUCUGACCAUAUUACAACAGAAAGAGUUGGCAUCGAGAAAUAUAUCAGUGAAUUCUAUGCACCCAGGAUUGGUUAGAACAGAUAUGACAGUCGGUGCUGGUUUCUAUAGCGCUGAUCAAGCUGCUGAGACCCCAUUGUACCUGGUGCUAGAUGCUCCCCAAGAUUUAAAGGGAGCGUACGUGUGGUACGAUAGGAAAAUUCUUGAUUGGUAUGACUACAACGCCGAUUACUAUUUCAAGAGUAAAACAUUGAAGAUGAAAUAUUAGUUUCCUGCAAUUGUGUAAUAAUUAAGUUAACAAUAUUGUGGUAAAUUGAGGUAUAUAUAUUUGUAAAUAUUGUGCAAAAUAUAAUUUUUAAAACCUUUA